UAAUUUAUCACGUGACCGAAGAAAUAUGGCUUCUCAAAGCGAGUUUUGUAAACACUCCUGUUGCUAAAACUUUGCUCGAAGUAGAUAUCGUGCUUAGUAAAACUGAAUGCGUAGGGAUUUGUAAACUAAAACACAAAUGUAAUAAUGCUUAACAACCGUUUUACUUUCAUGUUUUUGGCGAUUCUUUGGAAGAUGGAUUCAAACCUAACAAGCUAACCUAGUAUGACUGUUCGACUUAGCUAGUAGCAGCACUACAUAAUUCUUGCUAAAACUUUUGGUCAGGGUAGAUAUCUUGCCAUAGAAAAAUUGGAUCCAUAAUAAUUUGUAAUUUUAAACUCAUAUCGUUAUGAUACGUUCUACUUUAUCUUCGUGAUUCUCAGGAACAUUGAUGCAGACCUAGCUAACAGGCUAGUUUGCUAGCUAACGAAUCUCUCAUGCGCCAAAAACCAUAACUAGUAGAAGCAUUCAACACACCAACAUCAUGCCUCCACGGAAAAAGCAACAGAACAGAGACACAGAUGACGGUCCCAGGAAACGACGACGAGGAGAUGAACAAAACGAGGACAGAGUUGUCAUAUCAGACAGCGACGAGGAUGAAGACUUCAGAUCAUCAAGAGAGGAGCGCAAACGGGAGAGGGAAAGUAAAACCAGAUCAAAUGAGAUGACAGAGGAGGAGAUGCUGGACUUGGCCAUGAGGCUGAGUGAACAGGAGGCCAGCAGCGCUGCUCUCAGGCAACGACAGGAGGAGGAGGCCAUGAGGAAGGCCAUUGCUGAAAGCCUCUACGUGGACAGCCCCACUCAUCACCCUGCCCAAAAAUGUCCAAGUUCUUCUCCAAAGGAGGGGAGCAGUAUACAGCCCCCGAGGCGCAAGCUCUCCUACCCCAAUAAUGGUGUGGCUGACGGGGAUGAAGCCUGCCAUGUAGGGGUGGCAUGCCCUGAUGGGGAAAGGGGGAAGAGAAGCCCUUUACCAGAUAUGCCUGACUUCUCUCAGACCCAGAAUGUCAACUCCCAGUUCCCUCCCCUCAGCCAAGAUUCCACCUCAGAGACUUUACAUUCCACGCAGGAGGGCCCCUCUCAGAAGAAGCCUGUUGAAGACCUCUCAGAUAAAGCCAUGGAAUCUCAGGACUGCAGCGACUCCACAAAGAGUGAAUCCCAGUCCCAACUCUCGAAAAAGUCCUCUGUAUUCCCUUUCACUAUGGUUUCCUAUACCUGCAAACCUGUGCUCUGUCUGGAGAAGCUUAGCCAGGACCUCCUCGUAGACGGUCAGGCCUCUGGGAUCCUACUAAAGGAUAAUCCCAAAUUAACCCUUCCUAUAAUGUCUCAGAUUUCUCAAUCUUCUCAGUCCAAAAGCCCCGUGUUCUCCAAAAGCCCCGUGUUCUCCAAAAGCCCCGUGUUCUCCAAAAGCCCUGUGUUCUCUAAGAUAGAUAAAGAUUUAGACAAGGAACCAGGCCAAGGGAGUCUCAUGUUUUCUCAAAGUUCUGAAACUGAUUCCGGAAAGGAUGAAAAAGAGGCCUGUCCAAUUUUUCUUAAAAACACCAUGUUCUCCAGCAGUGAUACAGGAGAGGAAGAGAAAGAAGCCUCUCCCACCUUUCCCAGAAGUCCAGUCUUCAUUAAAACCAAUAGAGAACAAGUAGAAGACCAACAUGUUCCAACUUUGACCAAAAGCCAUGUCUUCUCUAAGACAAUCAGAGGACCAGAAGAGAAAGAGAGGAGUCCCACCUUCCCCAAAAGUCCUGUCUUUUCCAGAGGUGAUCAGGGUCCACAGACCCGUGUUGAAUGUCUGUCUACAACAAAUGACAAUUUAGACAGAGAGGGUCCUCCAGACUGUUCAAGCCCUGCUGUGAAGAGCAGAGAUCCAUCACCGUGCCUUCUGCCAAGCCCCAGAACAACACUGUCCCUGUACAAGAGACUUGUGCCUUUAAGGAGGGCCCCUCGGGUAGCAGAUAAAGUUGCUCACCCAGACAAACAAGAGGGUGAAUCCUCACAGGGAGCUGUAACCACAGUCAGCACCCGGUUAGAAGAAGACCUUCCGCUGGGUCUGGAGACUCAGCCAAUCCCGGAGAUGACCAGUGAUAUGGUGCUACGCUGGUCGGAUGACGACGGCGACGGGAAAGAUGUUCCUGCAACGCUGUCUCCUUCACCCAGCCCCGUCUUCCCCGAGGAGAAAAGCCUCCCGCAACAAAGUGUCCAGGGUCUACCUGGUUCCACCCGCCACCGCCUUUCCCCUGCAUACAGCCCGGGCCUCGUUCUCGACAAACACGACCUCCCAUCCCAAGACCCCGCAUGCCAGGAGGGGGAGAGGAAGAACGUGCGCAGGAAGUUCACCUUCAAAGGCAUGUAUGGAGCUUCUCCACUCUCUCUCCCCGGACAGGCUGCAGCAAGAGGGAACCAAGAUUGGGUCCCUGGCGGAUGUCCCUCUUCCCAGCAGUCCUUGGCCUCCUCUAGCCGCCUCUCCCGCCCCACGGACAGCCAUGGUGACAAGGGAGUGAUCCGCUACUACUGGGGCGUGCCUUUCUGUCCGCGGGGCCAGAACCCAGACACAUACACACAGGUGAUCCUGUCCCAGCUGGAGGUGUAUGAAAAGAGUCUAAAGGUUGCCCAGAGGGGUCUGUUGAGGAAGACCAUCUGGGGGGAGCCGGUCGUCCCUGGGCCUCCGGAGAGACCUUUCUCCUUGAGGGGACGGCCUAAGAGGCACAGGGCCCCACAACUUGUUGAGGACGAGGAGGAGGAUGAAGAUGGUGUGAGAGGGGAAAAACAACAUGAAGAAGAGGUAGUGGAAGUGCUAGAUGAUGAGGAGGAGGAGGAGGAGGAGAGAGCAAAAAGGGAGAGGCAGCCAUCACCGAAGGGGAGGGAAGUGAGAGGGAGGAGAGGAAGACUGGAGUGGAAGGAACCUCAGGAAGUGUUUGUGUACUCUCCUGACCACCAGGAGAAGUCUCCCUCUCCUGCAUUACAUGCAGAAUCCAGUGAACAACAAAUUCUACCUCGAAGGAGACUUAGCCUUAGAAAGGAAGUGAGAAGACUAGUAGAAACACAACCUCCUGAACCACUGGAAAACUGGGAGCAGGAGGAGGAUGCAAAGAAGGGGGAUGCUGAACGAGAUGGAGAGAAUUCAGAAGGAGGCAUGGGAGGAGACGAGAAGAGGGAAGGACUGUCGGGUGAAGUGGAGGUGGAUGUAGGUGGCUUGGAGGUUCCAGAGACUCAACUCAGUGAUGACAGCUCCCAAGAGCUGAUGGUUACCAGCCCUCCACAGCCCCAGCCAGAGAGCCAGUUCCUGCCUCAGAUCCAGAUCUUUCUCUCCUCACCCCAUCCCCUGGAGCAACCUGAAGAGGGGAUGGAGGUGGAUGGAGAGGAGAGUAAGACCAGCCUGGGGGGGUGUCCUGCCCCUGGGGAGGAUGUGAGGAUGGAGGAGGAGCAGGAGAGGGAGGUACACAGGGGUGUCCCGGAGCCUGCCCCCCAACAGACCCCCGGCGUGGACUGUCCCAUGUGCAUGCGCUCCUUCCCCCUGACGGAGGUUGAGAUGCACGCUGCCUACUGUGACGGUAGUAGUGCCAACCUGCAGGAAGAGGAGAUGAUGGCCCAAGAGGUCCAGUCACAAGUGAAGGCUUGUAGGAAAAGAACCAGAAGAGGAGAGCUCAUUGGAGAGGAACAGCCCAGCUCUUCUGGCUCUAGCAAGAGGGGGCAGACAGAGAAGUGCUAUGUUUGUCAGCAGUUGUUUCCUUUGAGGGACUAUGGGAAGCAUGUGGAGGACUGCAUCAAGAACAAACCGGUCUCCAGGGCUGCAUCAAGGGUUGAACAGAGUGGACACUUGCUGAGAGCAUUGGAGCAGACAGAACACAGAAGUUCAGUGAAUGCUGAGACAAGACCAUGUGACACUACCUUCCAGAACCAACACAGUGACCAGGCAGGUGAUCUGGAAGUAGCGGAGUCUGGGGGAAGUGGAGACUUCACGGCCCCAGGUUUCGUAGUGAGCACCUCGCCCAUUCGGUCGUUCACCUCGAUCUCCGAAGCCACAGACUGCCUUAUAGACUUCAAACAUCAAUACUCUUCCUCUACAACCACCUCUUCCUCCUCCAGAACCAGCCAAAGAGGGAAGAAAUUUAAGAGGAAAUUCAAACGAUAGUUCACAACGACAAGAAACGGAACACUUUAAACUGCUUAUUUUAUACCACUGCAUAUAUUUGUAUUGUUUGUUACAAUUAAUUAAAUGAAGAAAAGGGUUGAUAUAGGAUAAAUUA